AUGGGGCGCCCGCCGGCGUACAUCUUCGUUGUCAGGCACGGCGCACGUCUCGACGGCGCUGACAAGAGAUGGCACCUAACAUCCCCGACUCCCUACGACCCUCCCCUGACCUAUGGCGGCUGGCAGCAGUCCAAGGCCCUCGGCGUCCGGAUUGCCAGUAUCCUGCGCCAGGCCGAGGCUGAUUCGAACAGGACCCCGAAUGGUCGUGACAGCUCGACAGACUCGAAGAAGCGACGCAAGUUCAAGGUCGUACUCCACAGCUCCCCGUUCCUACGAUGCGUCCAAACCUCCGUGGCCAUUAGCGCCGGCCUGGCCCAGGCUCCUCCCCUAAACACGCCUUCAUACCCGAUGCCUUCGCCCAGCACGAAUCCUUCCGCCUCUCCCUUCGUCCUUCCGGCUUCUGUAACCGAGGAGGUUGAUCCCCUCUCCACCGAUGCGAGCGAGAACAAGCCCGAGCCUCCCAAGAAGAAGAUCAAGCGGUCCACACUACGUCUCGACGCCUUCCUGGGCGAGUGGCUUUCCCCCGAAUACUUUGAGAUGAUUACGCCUCCCCCAGGCUCCGCGAUGAUGCUGGCAGGUGCGAAGGCAGAUCUGCUCAGGCGGGAGAACAUCAGCGCCCACGACCAGAUCGUGGAGCACUCCCACCACCACGCCAGCUCGGUGGGCCAGGCCCAGAGCCAGCUGUGGAACAGCCCCAAGUUCAGAGCAACCCCCGAGCGAUCCGGUUCUACCGACUCGAACGCGCCGUCCAUCUUCGGUCUGGAUAGCGGCCGGCCUAGAAGUCGGGCGGACAGCGCAGCGAGCUCCUCCAGCCAGCGUGUCCGCUUCACGGUCCCCGAGCCGGGAAACCCAAAGGACGGAUACGUCGCCCCGACCCCGAACUACGCCGUCUCGUCGAACGUGAAGAUCCCCGACGGCUACGUGGCGCAUGCGAGGGACGCCUGUUUGCACGUGGACUACCAGUGGGACUCGAUGAGAGAGCCGUUUGACUGGGGCGACGGCGGCAAGUACGGAGAGGAGUGGACGGCCAUGCACCAACGGUUCAGACGGGGCGUGCAGAAGCUCGUGGACUGGUACACCACGGCCGAGCGUCCAAGCGAGAUGGUCACCAAGACGGUGAGGACGUCUCACAACGGCGACACCGAAUGCGCUAUUGACGACGACGAUGAGGAAGACGUGGAGUCGGUUGUCAUUCUCGUUUCCCACGGUGCCGGCUGCAACGCUCUCAUUGGUGCCAUUACCCAUCAGCCGGUCCUCAUGGACGUAGGUAUGGCGUCUUUGACCAUGGCUGUCCGCAAGCCGAACCGCGAGGCCGAGCCCUCUGCCCUAGACACACCCAUGUCGGAAGUUGCCGACCCAAUGUCUCAGGCGGGAGUCAUCCCAGUUCACCAAUACUACGAUCUUAAGCUGUUCGCAAACACCGACCAUCUGAGGCCGAGCUCAUCCUCUACACACAACCUCUCCAGAGCCCCUUCCACGGCGUCAAACUCGAGCCAUUCUCAGAAUGGUCAAUCAGGCGCCCGUGGCCGUAUCGCGACGGGAAACGGGGCGUACACGCCCGCGCCCAUCACCUUUAACCCGGAGUCGUUCGUCUUCCCGGGCAGCCGCAGCACAUCGGCAAACGCCAACCUCGGCAGCAUGCGCCGCACAUCGCACAACAACACCUACUCCCUCCCUCGGACACCUGCGCUGAACACAACGGGCAUCACCGUGGGAAGUGGCGUCACGAGUUUUACCAACACCACCACAAACUACAACAGCAACAAUAACAACACGAAUGCGUCGCCUACACUAUCUGCCGGCCUAUGGUCGCCAAUCACGCCCAAGAAGGACGCAGACGAAGAGGAAGAGGACGACGACAUCUUCCCCGACUUUGACCACCGCAAGAAGCUCGCAGCCCUCUCCAAGCAGGGCCCCGAGAUCGUUAAGCCCCCGACGCCCGAGCGCAAGGAGCCGCAGUUCGGCGGUCCUACCAAGGUGCCCCUGCGGUUCCAGGAGAUCUCCCGCCCGACCUCGAGCGACGGCGCAGAGGAGGAGAACAAGGUGCCCCCACUGAGCUUCGCCACUGGCGGCGGCCUCUGGGGCGCGCCGCGGCCGCUGGGCGAGACGGAGAUCACGCGCGACAUGACGACGUCCAAACGGCGAUGGACCGUCAACGAGCGCGCUUAG